AUGCCAAGACGGCGAUCCCUUUACAAUCGAAAACGGGACAGUGAUACCAGGGGUAGCAGCUCUAGCCGGUUAUGUGAACGCUUCGUCAAUUACCAAUACCCAGGCCAACUCGUCGUUCUUCUCGAAAACGCCCCCUGUUCGAAUUCUUCGUCAAUCACGACAUCGUCAAAUUCUGUGUCAACUACCAAUACCGCCUGUCCAACACCAACAGGGGAUAGUUCAUCACCCUCGUCCCACGACCUGGCUAUCGGAGUAGGGGAUGGUGUGCCUUUGGGCGCCAUUGCUCUGGCAUCAAUCGCCUGGGCACUGUGGGAGCGUCGGCAAUGUAAAUAUGCUCGUCUGGAGAGUAUGCCGGCGACCGGAGCGCAGGCUACAGGUCAAUAUCAGCAUCAAUAUCCCGCGCACGGCAUAUAUCAAGCACAUCCUGCGGAGAUGCAAAAUAGACUGGAUAUUGGGUCAGCAAGACGACAGGUUAUGUAA